AUGGAAGUCUUGGCUGUUGGUGCUUAUCUUGUUGCAGAUAAGGUCAUUGUUACCACGAAGCACAAUGAUGAUGAGAAGUAUGUGUGGGAGCCACUCCGAUUCAAUGUUUAUGCUGCGACUUCGCAUGCGAAGGAUGUGUCACCAUUAAGGAAGAAGCCAAGGAUCCCUUCUGUUGAGAAGAGUCAAGUAGAAGCUAUUCCCCCGUCGUCAACUAGGGUUAAACAUCUCGUUGGUGCAGAUAGCAAUCAGAUUGGCGAUAUGCGCAAUAUUCGGGAUGUUCCACUCAAGCUUCCUGCAGACAAGCUUGGAGACCGUGAUCUGCUCUGUAAAGUAGUCCGUGCGAGAUGUAGUUCACCUGCUGUGAGGCAAUGA